CUCGCGGAGGUGCCGGCUUGGGACCGGACGCCGGUCGGCGCGCAGGCUCCGGUCUCGGCCGCUUGGAACUUGCGGAGCGGUUCUGCCGUCAGUCCCCUCGGCCUCCGGAUCCGGUGUGUCCGACUGCCGGACCCAGGCUCCAGUGGGAGGCCGGCGGAGGUGCGGCGCGGCCCCGGGGCCGCAGCCUUCGCAGGCGCCCGCCGCCAGCCGCGCCUUCGCAGCGUACUCCAUGCAUCCGGAGCCUGCCCCGCCCCCGAGUAACAGCAAUCCCGAGCUUCCCUUGAGCGGCGGCAGUAGCACUAGCGGCAGCCGCCGGAGCCGCCGCCGCAGCGGGGACGGGGAGCCCUCGGGGGCCCCACCGCUGUCGCCGCCGCCUCCCGCCGUCAGCUACCCGGACUGGAUCGGCCAGAGUUACUCCGAGGUGAUGAGCCUCAACGAGCACUCGAUGCAGGCGCUGUCCUGGCGCAAGCUCUACUUGAGCCGCGCCAAGCUCAAAGCCUCCAGCCGGACCUCGGCUCUGCUCUCCGGCUUCGCCAUGGUAGCGAUGGUAGAAGUCCAGCUGGAUACGGAACAUGACUAUCCACCAGGGUUGCUCAUUGUCUUCAGUGCCUGCACCACAGUGCUGGUGGCCGUGCACCUGUUUGCCCUCAUGAUCAGCACCUGCAUCCUGCCCAACAUCGAGGCCGUGAGCAAUGUCCAUAACCUCAACUCGGUCAAAGAGUCGCCCCACGAGCGCAUGCACCGCCACAUCGAGCUGGCCUGGGCCUUCUCUACUGUCAUCGGGACACUGCUUUUCCUGGCGGAGGUCGUGCUGCUCUGCUGGGUCAAGUUCUUACCGCUCAAGAGGCAUGCGGGACAGCCAAAACCCACCACCCCUCCCGCUGAGUCAGCUGUCAUCGCCAACAACAGCGGCAUUACACCGGGUGAGGCGGCAGCCAUCGCCUCCACUGCCAUCAUGGUUCCCUGUGGCCUGGUUUUUAUAGUCUUCGCCGUUCACUUCUACCGCUCACUGGUCAGCCAUAAGACAGACCGACAGUUCCAGGAGCUCAACGAGCUGGCCGAGUUUGCCCGCUUGCAAGACCAGCUGGACCACAGAGGGGACCAUUCUCUAACACCGGGCACCCACUACGCCUAAGUCCUCACCUUCCCACUGGCCCUUUGAGGCCUCGGCCUUAUGCCCUUCCCCAUGACCUUGUCCUGGCCCAGUCUGGAGGACUGCCUGUGCAGGCGGCUGGCGUCACCAGGGCAGAGAGUGGAAGGAAGAGGCUUUUAAAAAAAAAAAAAAAAGAAAUCACUGCACUUCGAGAUUUUCUUCCGUGAGAAUAAGCUCUCCCUGUUCUUCCAGCUCUGUUUCCCCCCUCCUGGUAGGAUUGGGGGGGCGGGGAGAAUGGGGACAGUUGCUCUCUUUGUCCCUUCUCCUCCCCUACACCAGUGCCAUCCAGAUGCCCUCAACCUCCUUACUCGUUAGCCAAGUGUGUGUGUGUGUGUGUGUGUGUGUGUGUGUCUGUGUUUGUGUGUACACACGCGUGUGCAUAUGUACACAAAAUAUAUUCGCAAGGGACACCUCUUCUUCAUGUCUGUGUUUGUUGGGUCUGGACCGCCUGAUUGGAUGUCCCAGUCAGGUAAGUCACUAAACAACGGUCUUUUUAAAGAUUGAGAGGGAGGGGCUCAGGGACAAAACACCAAGCUGUCAUGGUCAAAGCCCUAGGAUCACUCCAACGACUCUACAAAAACUGUGUUGCUGGAACUAGAACUCAGGAAUCUGACAAGGCACUCUCCCACCAAGACAUGUAACCUUGCUUGGAAAAUUUCUACUCAAAAGGAACCUUCAGGGAUACGAAUUAAAAUGUGUUCCUAGUUGUUUCUUUUGGAGGUAGUUACCGUCUACCAAGUCACCAGAAGACCGGAAACGGGUGUGUACAUACUGAGCCAGUUUCGAGAAGAAAUUCAGUGA